CAGGCGAUCAAUUUUGUUCAGUAAUGGCGACUCCAGGCGGCCGGCAAUUGCCUCCGAACAAUCCAAUAUCGGCUUCUUCUGUAAAAUCUACUCUCAAAGCGUACUUCGUUCCGCUUCUUCUACUCGCGGCCUCGAUUUUCUUUCAGCUUGUCGUCGUCCCGCGUAAUUUUCCACCAUCGUACUACGACGUUUUGGGGAUUCCGAAGUAUAGUUCCAUUGAAGAAGUGACUCGGGCCUACGAAAGGAUCACCUCCGAAUGGAAUUCAAGUGUUGAAGUUCCUCCAACAGUAGAUCUUAUCAAGGUUCAAUAUGCUUAUGAGCUGCUGACAAAUCAGAUAUUGAAGAGAGAUUACGACAUAUAUAAUAUUGAUGAACAUCUUGAUGUACUUGAGAAUGUAAAGGAGCAUCACUCUGGGAAGCAUCUUUCCGAAAUUGACCUUCCAUUGAUACGCGAUGCUUCCUUUGAUCCUAUAGAUCAAGAUUACGAGUUUAUCAACGCCGGGAACUUCUUAUCCAAGUUUGAAGAUGACAAGGCAUUGCUACUUCAGAUAGUAUCAUCUGGAAGCAACCGCUGUGCUCAAUUUUCGGAAACAUGGAAGAGAAUUGUGAAUUUGCUGAAGGGGGUUUCCAAUAUUGGAGUGGUUGACCUCAGUGACGUUCAGCUUUCCGUAUACCUGGCUGAGAAAAAAUCCAGUGGAAAACCUUUCUUUAGAAGCGGAGUUCCAGCACUAUUGGCUUUUCCACCUGGGUGUAAAAGUUCAAAAUGUCUUCAUAGGUACGAGGGUGAGCUCUCUGUUGAUGCUAUCACAGACUGGUUAGCGACGAACAUCCUCAAUUUACCUCGAAUUCCUUAUUACUCGAAGGAGUCAUUGGUGCAUAAUUUUCUGGUCAAGAGUAAACCUCAUCUGGUUAAAGUAAUUUUCAUCUCGAAAAGUGGAGAACGUGCUACUCCCUUCAUUCGUCAGGCUGCAAAAGACUAUUCACCAUAUGCAACUUUUGGUUUUGCUCUAUGGAAAGAGGAAGAAUCUACUUUUUGGUGGAAUGUGUUUGGUGUGGAAUCUGCUCCCGCAAUAGUAUUUAUGAAAGAUCCUGGAGUUCAACCUGUUGUUUACCAAGGAUCAACCAAUAGUUCAAUGUUUAUAGAUAUUAUGGAGAAGAACAAACAUCAUGUGCUUCCUCAGUUGAGAAAUGCGACUUCAAUGGAGUUGGGUUGUGAUGUACAAGGCUAUUCACGUGCUGGAAUUGAUACCAAGAUAUGGUACUGUGCUCUUAUUGCUGGUAGACCAAGCCAAGAACUCAACAAAAUGCGUGAAACCAUGCGCAGAGUACAAGAGACACUUUCGGGUAAUGGGAAGAUAGACGACAUAGUUGAUCAAGACCCCUUAUCAGCUCCAGCAGCGUUAGCACAUGAACAAAAGCGACUUACAUUCGCGUGGCUAGAUGGUGAAGCACAGCAUAGGUAUUGUUUCUUCCACAUCCAUUCAGAAGAUAGCUACGAGACGUGCGGACCUAGGAGGGGUAUGACAGAUGUCGCUCGUUUAUUCGUCGUGCGUUAUGAGAUGAAUCCUAAAGACGAAAAGUUAGAUACCCAAAAACAGACAAACAACAUCUUCAAUGCUUUGCAUCAUACUGAAUCUGAUCCUGUAUCCACACUUGUUGCCAAGUACAAUGGCUCCACCGAUACUUCAGAGAUCAUACGGUGGAUUUCUCAAAUAAUUAAAGACGGUGACUCCAGAGAAAUUCCUCCUUUUAAGACGAAAGCUCCGGAAUUGGUGCCUGAGGAUUCAAGCCAUAUUUGGUCGAAGAGUUCGAAAAAGUUUAUUUCAUCGGGGAAGAAUGUGAAAAGUUGGAGCAGUGGAUUAAUAUCCAGUUUAUCUAAUCAAAUUGGUGAUCCAAGAAUCGGACCAUCUUUGCUUUUGGCAGCUUUGAUGUCAUUUGGUCUGAUUUGGCUCAACAGUAGCCGGUCAACUCAGUCCAGUAGCCAAAACGAAGCUAAUCAAAUAAAGGAUGAGGAUAAACCGAGUCGAAGGAGUCGAUCAAGAAGUGGUGCAAACCAGCUUUUCCCUCCUUCACUCACUGAUUCUGAGCCAAAAGAUGCACAACAACUACCGUUAUCAGAUUCUGAUUCAGAAUAACCGACUAGGAUUCGUAGAAAACGCCUCCUUUGUUUUAUUUAAUUUAGAAUUGACUUAGUGAAAAACGAAUUUGAGCAGAUUGAAUGUUCACACGAGAACCAGUCCAAGAGGCAAGAACACAUCAGAGAUUGCAAUUGAGUUGUGGUCAUUUUUACUAGUUGUUUUUUCUUGCUAUAUUGGAAUAAUAAAGUUGUACAUCUUCAAGUAAAUUGCAGCAACUUUGCUAGUUUAGAUUCUACUUUUUGAAAAUAUUUCGAAGAUUCCCGAAUGCGUGGAAAUCAUAA